AUGACCUCAGGUCUCAUCAAAUCUCUAUCUCCUGCAACAACUACAGAAUCGCCUUCACGCUCGUCCAUAGGACAUGAGAGCCUACCUCUAGUUUUGGGUUGGCCACCAUCUCUGAAUAUACCAGGCGAACAUCAGACAGUAGCAUCCCAGACGGCUUCCGGCUCGGAUCUUGACCAGGACAUUUCACGGCAACUUCUUGCAAACAAUAAUGAGCGUUCAUCUCUCUCAGAAAGCGAUAGUGUCUCCAUGUCACCAGCAAUGAUGUUCCUGUCUUCGUUUAGUCCCUCCGCAAUCCCACAAUCACCUGAUGCAGAAGGUGAAAUCAUUCGUGGCUAUGUCCUCGGACCAACUAUAGGUUAUGGGGGAUUCUCUGUGAUCAAACGUGCCUCAUCCCUUUCGGGAGGUGUUGUCGCUGUCAAGAUUGUCCGUCGCUCAAAUUUGGAGAAACAGACAGAUCCUUCUUUAGCUAGAAGGCGACUCAAUCACGAGGCCCAAGUAUGGGCUUCCUUAUGUCACGAGCACACCUUGCCCCUCUUCUUUUCCGAACACACUUCCUACGCCGACUUCUUCUUCUGCCUCUUGUGUCCCGCUGGAUCCCUAUAUGAUAUACUUUUAAGGGACGGUCGUCCCGCACUCCCUCACGAUGACGCGGGCAUGAUGUUUCGACAAAUUGUACGAGGCGUACGCUACCUGCACGAAGUUGCAGGCUAUGUACACAGAGAUAUCAAACUCGAGAACAUCCUUGUAGACGAGAUGGGUACCUGUAGAAUUAGCGAUUUCGGCAUGACUCGCAAGAUCGGCGAAGUCGAUGAUGACGAACCCCUAUGCGAUGCAGACGAUCACUCUGGCAUCCACCGUCACCGUUCCACUUCUCGAUCUGCAAAAUCCAACCUGUCUUCGCAUCUCUCAAUAUUACGCCACCAUGGUCUUAGGCGUCACCGUAUAUCAACUCCUGUUGGCGAAAACCCUCCGCCUGUCCAUCCAUCACAUGCUUUUCAACAAGGGUCUUUGCCAUACGCGUCCCCCGAGCUUCUCCAACCCAAAGCUUCGCGGUUCAACGGUGCUAAUCCAGCUCAGGACAUCUGGGCUCUGGGUGUCCUGCUUUAUGCACUUCUGACCGGCCGUCUCCCAUUUUUCGACUCAUUCGAGCCACGACUCGAGAUGAAAAUUUUGCACGGCGUUUAUGAUAUGCCUUCUGGUAUUAGUCGUGGAACUGAGCAUGUUCUCAAAGGCUGCAUGGAGCGUAGGGUCCGUACCCGGUGGACGAUUGCAAUGGUGGAUGAGAUGGCUUGGGGUGUUGGGCUUGACGACGAUGAUGACGACACAACUCCUGUAACACACAAGGAUAAAUUUGAGUUAGUAGAUUAUCCCAGCCGCCGAUCUCCAUCAUUAUCCCAGUCGCGCCCGAGGCGUGAUAACAACUCAAACCCAUCUCACACCGAAGAAGCACCCCCAAGGCGGUCCAACCGUUCCCUCUCCCGUACCUCUGUCUCAACUGCAAGCUCGCUCGCAACACGAUGUACGAGUCGCAGUAUCUCUCGCCCACCAGUUGUUCGUUACCCAAUGUCUCCCACGUACGAUGAGCUCAGUCAUUCAGUGGUGAGCGCCUCGACGUCUCUCUCUGUGCCGCCUCUUGAUAUUGGCGGCCCUGCUCUUCUUGCAUCGCCUGAGCGUGGCCGGCGACCGAAGAAGGCGGGAUUUUUACCCCCGAAUCGAUGCACAUCAUCAUUAGCGACGUCUUCCCGCCAAUCAGAAUAUGCUCCAGACUCUGGAGAUCUCGACACUGAUGUAGACGUGUUGGGUGAUACCGCUCAUUGGGCGUCUACUCUAGGCAUCAACGCUGUAGCAGAACCUACUGCCCACCGCAGUGGUACGGCCACUGUGAUCGAGCGUUUGAAAGCCAUACGGGAAACACUGCCGCCGCACAAGCACAAAAGGGCUGAGAGCACACCUCCGGCAUCAGGUGCUUGGUCACGGAGAUUGCGGCUUCGCAUCAAGGAAGAUCCUUCUUCCUAUCGCGCAGCAGAAGUUCACGGAGUAGGCGGAUUCCUUAGAGACCCCAGCACCACUCCCAUACCAAUUACGCCGCAAGGCGGUACCCGAAGCCGGAGCGUUGGGCAUGACACCCAUCAUGCCUACCGCCGCCCUCACUAG